AUGUUAAGUUUGAGGAAUAACGAGGUGCAAGCACCUCAUGACGAGACAUUGACCCAAGAGGGUCGGGUGCAGUCAGUAAACGAAGUGGUCUUUGACCUUGAGGUGUGUACACCUGUGGACGCUGAGGCGUCGGAUUCUGAGAGCGUCAUGAGUAGCGAUAAUGAUAUCCCGAUGGCUCUCUCAGCAAGACCCGCAGCAAGUGCUCUGUUAGAGCUGGACGAGUUGUCCUUUGCCGAGUUUGGAAUUGCCUUACAGGCAGGCGACAUCGCCGAAGUGGUUGUUAUACGACCUGAGGAGGAGUUAAACGCCUCAUCGCUUUUGGAUAAAGCAGUUUUUGAGGAUACCAAGAAGGCGCAGAAUGCGCGUAGUGGAUCACAGAUCCUGAAAGACCCUUCGGAUCCUUAG